AAGCCUCGCGGAGCGUUCCCCCGACAAAAGACCCCAACAGGAUAGUCUAAGUUACCCGCAAGCCGAGAGCAGAGGCUUUCAAGGGUCUUUGAAGUUUACCUUGUCACCCAUCGUACGAAGAUUCGGAAUCCUUCUAGCCCCUUUCGGUCGGAGACAAUGAAUACUUAGACAGUUAUAAUGUGAAUCUUUAUAAAUUCGAAGGCAUCAAAAACGUUGACCAGUUUUCCUAUUCCUGGUACUUCUCGUUGUGGAUAGAACAUUCGCCGAAUGGAUUCGUACUCGGUCUAUAUCUCUGUGGAAGGAAAGCUGAACGAGACAGUGAGGAUCGCCCCGAGCCUGUCCAUCCAAGAAAUUCGAUCCGUUUUCUGUGCAGCCGCCGAUGUCAGUUACGAGACGAGGGAUGUUGUCCUUAAGCUUUACCGCCCCGACGGAAUACUUGUUCCAAUUGGCCCUCACAUCCCACCAAACUCACCUGAGACCCGUUAUAUCCUCCAAGUGAAGCAGGAUAAAUACCUACCAGGAGCGUCUUCGGAAGUAAAGCCUGUAAUUGACGCUCUUGACGCUGUCAGCGCCCUGCUAGGAGAUGCAUUGAAGUUGAAAGACAAGGUUGACAAGUUGAAACGACAUGCGCACGCGGGAGGAUUUGACGGGGCAGUGGGCACAGCGUCUGUAGAGUCGGCGGCCCAUGCGUCCAAAAAUAUUCCCGCUAUCCGAAGGGUGCAGCAAGUGGGCCUUCGCCUGGAAGAGACGGUCCCGAAACCAGAUUUCAGUGACGAAGUGAAAGAGAAUUUGAAGCAUCCUACGUUCGACAUUUGGCAAUGGCAAGAGCACGAAAUGGCGUAUCUUCUAGAACACAUGUUUGUUGAAUUUGGGCUUAUCGAGUUGUACAAGAUUGAUGAAACGAAGAUGAGACGCUUCUUGCAAUGCGUUCGAUGCAGUUACAACAAUAAUCCUUUUCAUAACUUUCGACACUGCUUUUGUGUGACUCAAAUGAUGUACGGACUGCUACAUGUUACUGGUGUACAUGAGAAACUGACUCCGCUGGAGAAACUUGUCCUUCUUGUGGCUUGCAUUGGCCACGACCUGGAUCACCCCGGCUUCAACAACGCCUACCAAAUCAACGCCAGCACAGAGCUAUCCAUAAUCUACAACGACAUCUCUCCACUCGAAAAUCAUCACGCUGCUGUUCUUUUCACCAUUCUCAAAUCAGACGAGACCAAUAUUCUAUCGAACCUUUCCAACUCAGAGUACAAGGAGGCUCGAAAACAGAUUAUAAACUGCAUCCUCGCUACUGAUAUGGCGAGACACGGCGAGCUCAUGGCCAAAUUCAAGGGCUACGCUGAAGCUGGGUUCAACUAUGAGGACCCAGCACAGAGGACACUCCUUAUUCAGAUGAUUGUCAAGUGCGCAGACAUUAGCAACGAAGUGAGACCACAGCACGUCUCGGAGCCCUGGGUGGAUAGCCUCCUAGAGGAGUUCUUCACGCAGUCGGACCGUGAAAAGGCGGAAGGGUUGCCGUGGGCGCCUUUCAUGGAUCGCCAAAAAGUGACGAAAGCCAGCGCGCAGGUGGGGUUCAUUGGAUUUGUCAUGAUACCAUUGUUUGAGUUGGUGAGCAAAGUACUCCCAAACAUGGAAGAACCAGUUAUUCAGCCCAUCAGAAGAGCGUUGGACUAUUAUAAAAGUAUGACGGGGUGAAGAAUUUACGAUGUGCUGUUUACUGUAAGACUGUCGGUACAAUCCAAUCCUUGCGACCAAAAUAUGGCAGUUUUGCCUCUAUCAACCAUUUUUGCAAUAUAUCGGGAACUAUUCCCUGCACUGAC